CGCGGCGCUGACGAGGGUCGCGUGGCUUUGGUGACCCCCAAAACCCGUCCGCGUGUGGCACGUUCAGUGGCGGCCUAACUACGACCAGUCUGUGCGUUAGUUCUCUACCUCUGCGUUAGUUCUCUACCUCUGCGCUAGUUCUCUACCUCUGCGCUAGUUCUCUGUCCCCCUGCGUUGAGUGGCAACGACGGUCUUGGUGGGUUGAAGCAUGGCGCGAGCGAUGGAGCUGUUCGUGACGCGGCUGCCGUGGAUGGUGGCGAACAGGGAAGUGAAGGAGUACUUCAGCCAAUUUGGAGCCAUCAAGAAAUGCUAUUUGCCAUUCAAUAAGGACACCGGCUUCCACAAGGGCACGUGUUGGAUUUCCUUCAUUUCGGAGAAUAGCUUCAGGAACGCUUUGCAGAGAGAAGAGCACGUUAUUGAAGGUGUAAAGUUGGAUGUCCGGGUGAACAGGAGUUUUAAAACAGACCUCACCGACCCCAACGGCGCCACGAGCGAAGUCGACGGCGCGCACUGAAAAAGCCACACGACGCGCUGUACACGGCACCGAGUCACAUGUCUCUGUCCUCAAGCAGUAAUAAUAAACUAUGUACCAUGAAUACGUGAA